AUGGUUUCCGCCUCAAAAGCUGCGCGACAGGCAAAACGAGCCGAAACUGGGACGGAACCUAAGAAAAAGACUCUUGCAGCGAAAACAAAGGCAACUUCAAAGGCUGGGUCAUCAGCCUCUUCAGUGAACGGCGAUGAGACGCCCCCGUUACUCGAGGGUGAUGGUGAUGUUCUACCCGACGACGAUGUGCCUGCCACAGACGCAAAGAAAAUGUCCAAAGUCAGUAAGCUCACAGAACAGAUGGACCGACAUGGGCUGUCAGACCGUGUCACCACCGGAGUUCUGGCGUCCCUCGCAGCCAGUCGGGAUAUCAAAAUCACAUCAACAUCGUUAACAUUUCAUGGAAGAGUACUCAUCACAGAUACAACGCUAGAGAUGAAUUAUGGCAGAAGAUAUGGCCUCCUUGGCGAGAACGGGUGCGGAAAGUCCACGUUAUUGAAGGCGAUUGCCAAGAACGAAUACCCAAUACCGGAACAUAUCGACAUCUACCUCCUGAAUGAAGGUGCGCCGCUGACUGAUCUCGGAGCACUUGAAUGGGUAGUCCGAGAGGCAGAGCGUGAGAUGGAAAGACUAGACAAACAAGCAGAAGAUAUUUUAGAAAGAAAUGGACCUGAGGAUCCGGUCUUGAUGGAUCUCUAUGAGCGAAUGGAAACCAUGGAUCCCUCCACCUUCCAGACACGAGCCUCCCUCAUUCUUACUGGUCUCGGCUUCAACAAAAAGACCAUCAAUAAGAAGACAAAAGACAUGUCUGGUGGCUGGCGUAUGCGAGUCGCCCUUGGAAAAGCCCUUUUCGUCCGACCAUCCCUGCUGCUUCUUGACGACCCAACGGCACAUUUAGAUCUCGAAGCUUGCGUGUGGCUAGAAGAAUACCUGAAGAAGUGGGAUCGCACACUUAUACUUGUUUCGCACUCGAUGGACUUUUUGAAUGGAGUUUGCUCCAAUAUGAUAGACAUGCGAAGCAAGCAGCUGAUCUAUUACGGCGGAAACUACGACUCGUACAUCAAGACACGGUCAGAACAGGAAACAAAUCAAGGGAAGGCAUAUGCGAAACAGCAAGAAGAAAUCAAGCAUAUCAAACAAUUUAUUGCCUCAGCAGGUACCUAUGCAAACCUCGUCCGACAAGCCAAAUCAAGGCAGAAAAUCCUCGACAAGAUGGAGGCAGAUGGCUUCAUUCAGCCAGUUGCUCAAGACCGCAUCUUCACCUUCCGCUUCGCAGAUGUAGAAAAGCUUCCUCCUCCAGUCCUCUCGCUCGACGACGUUACCUUCUCAUACUCUGGUGAAAAGAAAGAUAAUCUAUAUGAGAACCUUGACUUUGGUGUCGACAUGGACAGCCGGACGGCAUUGGUCGGUCCAAAUGGUGUUGGCAAAUCUACACUCCUUCGCAUUUUCACUGGUAAACUCUCACCAACCAGUGGCACUGUUUCACGACAUUCACACCUGAAGCUCGGCGUGUACAGUCAGCAUUCUGCGGAGCAGCUAGACCUCACCAAGUCGGCCUUAGACUUCGUGCGGGAUAAGUACCCCGCUGUGAGCCAAGACUACCAAUACUGGCGGCAACAGUUGGGUCGUUAUGGUCUGUCAGGAGAGUCUCAAACGGCGCUCAUGGGUACGCUUUCCGAAGGACAAAAGAGUAGGAUCGUGUUCGCACUGCUCGCGAUUGAGAGUCCAAACAUGUUGCUUCUGGAUGAACCUACCAACGGUCUCGAUAUUCCUACAAUUGACUCGUUAGCUGACGCCAUAAAUGCAUUCAGUGGUGGUGUAGUGGUUGUCUCGCACGACUUCAGAUUGCUGGACAAGAUUGCAAAAGAGAUUCAAGUGUGUGAGCACAAGUCCAUACACAGAUGGGAAGGCUCGAUAGCGCAAUACAAGAACCAUCUGCGAAAGAAAAUGAUGGCUCAGGGUCAGGUAUAA